GUCGAGGGGAGGCACUCGUUUUCCUGCUUGGAGUUUCUCGCAAAUCUCUCCUCCUCGUGGUUUGUACUUACAGGCGGAAACCCCGCCCAUUCAGUGUGCCCUUUACAACAUUUCAAACAACCAUCUCAAAGUGUCGGCGCGUAAUGAUGACAACAUAGAAGUCAAAUGUGGUUUAUCCCGAGCUAACAUGCUUCUGUUAGAGCUGUGAACUUGAAAUUAUGGCUAUGCACCGCCUCAGUAUGCUGCGGCCUCUGCUCUGUCAGUCUCUGGUGCGACAAGUCAGGUCUCCUCUCGUGGUCACCUCCAGGGUCAGUGCACCACUUCUGUACCCCAACACUUCCUACCCUGCUGCAUGCACCAGGCUCUAUGCCACCAAGAAGGCAAAAGCCAAGGCAAAAGGCCAGUCAGCUAAGGUGAAUAUUAAUUCAGCUCUGGUGGAAGACAUCAUAAGUCUGGAUGAAUUGAAGGAGGACAUGACCGCUGUUCUCAAUGCGCUCAAAGACGACUUUACACGCAACCUCAGCAUCCGAACCUCGCCAGGGGCUCUGGAUCACAUUGUGGUGACGACACAAGAUGGCAAGUUCCCUCUCAACCAGCUGGGCCAGGUCUCCAUGAAAUCCCCUCAGCUCAUUAUGGUCAACAUGAGCGGCUUUCCAGAGGCUACAGCUGCCGCCGCCCGUGCCCUGAGAGAGAGUAGCAUGAACCUUAACCCAGAGGUGGACGGGACGAUCAUCAAGGUGCCCGUUCCCAAAGUAACGCGAGAACACAGGGAGAACCUCGCCAAGCUGGCCAAACAGUUCGGCAACAAGGCUAAAGACUCACUGAGGAAGGUGCGCUCUAACGCUGUCACACAAGUCAAAAAAACUAAAGAUGCACAGUCGGAGGACACCUUACGUCUAGUGGAAAAACAGAUUCAGCAGAUGGCGGACAACAUGGCGCUGGACAUUGACAAACAGCUUGCAGCCAAGACCAAGGAGCUGCUAGGCUGACUGUGAAGAUUAAAAGGUCUUAUUUUGGUUAAAGCUGAACUUCAAAUGGACUCAUUUAAGAGGGGCAAUAUUCCAUUCCUAUCAGGUUAAUAAUAAACUCACUCAUGUCAGGGAAGUACUUUUCAAAUCGUUUUCACAUUCUGAAAGAUUCGCACAGACGAACAACUCUCUGUCCUGUCAUUGAUGUUUCGGCAAAUUUGGGCUUUGGUUCCUGCUCACAUCCUUGGUAGAGAUCCUGCUCAUCGCUGCUGGACGAUAUCUGGGUUUAACCGUCAGCGCACAAACAGAAAUUGGUGCGGAAACAACAACGACAGACUGCCGGUCACAUCCCUCCUCCCUUCUUACUCUUCCUGUCUUCAAACAAACACCGACGAGGGACGAAUGGAGUUUUAAUGGGAUUUGCGGGCCUCCUCCUAAUCAAACGCUUUGCCACAAGGGCUGUCUGUUUACAUAAAACAAGCGCACCCGUCUGAAUGUAAACUGGUUGUGGCUUUGUCUUGGUGGCAAGAGCAAGAGAAAAAGGGAGAGACGGUUUGUUCCAGAGACGCAGGAUAUGAUUAGCAUGUUGCCAAACAUUUGUUUCGCAUUGAUUCAAAGUCAGUUCAAAAAUAAACUUGAGAGAAACAACAACUUUAAUUUCUGCCAUCGUCUAGGAUUGAUAAUAUGGCUUCUCUAUCGACAAUAAAGUCGGAAAAGUAACAUUAUUGAUGGGCUCCAUUAAAGAAAAACUGCUUUGUA